GGUCAGACCCCCUCCAAAAAAAGCAGGUGUGUUCGCUUUUCUGUGUGAAAUAAGUGGGUUGAUUAGUCGUUUAAGAUCACACAACCUUUGCUUCAUUGUUGAUCUCUUAAAUCGUGGAUCAUUUCACCAGAGUUUGUUAGUAUUUUUCCUGCCUGCUUUAUUUGUGUCUUGUUCGCCUCCAGUGUUUAAGAAGAGCGCUUUAUACCCUUGCACAAUGGCUAGUGAAGGUGAAAGAACACAAUCACAAGAGCUUGAAACCAAUGCUUCUCUACUAGAGGAUGCGUCUACGCUGCUCAUGUUUCACAGUGCAGCUGUUGAAUCUCACAAGUCUCCUUCCGAGACACAACAUCAAAAGUCACUGCCAGCUGCGGAACAGGGCACUGGAACAACAGUACAAGGUUCAACAUCGUCCCCUAUUGAACAACCUUCAGUGGUGAUAAUGCCAUCAACCUCUGCUUCUGCCGCUGCUGCUCCUGCUGAUUCUACCAAUACUGAACAAGUGGGGAACUUGUUACCACAUACGGAGAUCAAGACGUCCCCAUCACCAACUGCGGUUCAGCCAGUACUUGUUUCUUCUUCUUCUGCUGCUGUGACUUCUCACAGUACAGUACGGAGAGGACACAUAACAUCACCAGGCCCUGCGAUUGCCACUCUGUCUGAGCAAGACUCCGAAACUAAUAAAUCUCAAAAGGCGAUUGUGGCCGCCGCUGCUUUGGCCGCUGCUGCUGGUAUACCCUUACCUCUGGCAAACAGAUCAGGGUCUGUUGAUCGUGCCCUAAGAGCCACCAUCGAGGAGAAAUCAAAAACUGAGUCUGAAGCCAUCAAUGAAACAGUAAAGGAACAACUUUCAAAGGAUCACAUUGAUGCAUUAAGGGAACAAACUGCGCAAGUUCGUAAGGAAGUUCCCUCGAAACAGAAAAGUGAAGAUACAGAUACAGAGGAGCAGUCAUCAGAACCUAACAAGCUCGAUGCUAUGGAUAUUGAUGAAAAUGCAACUACUGCAGAUGAGAAGGAGUUCAACGAAACAGAAGCUGAAAGGGAAGAAGAAACUCAUUCCAGGCCAAAGAGACGAAAAAGAAAUACUACACCUCAGGCUUCUAAGGACUGGGUAGUAGAUCCCGAUGCCGGUAUCAUCACUUGUGUAUGUGGAUAUGACGAGGAUGAUGGGUUCACAAUUCAAUGUGACAACUGUAAUAGAUGGCAACAUGCUAUUUGCAUGGGUAUCGAGGACAUCAAUGACGCACCUGAGAAGUACCUCUGUUACAAAUGUGAACCGAAGCAGAUUGAUCAAAAAAGAGCAAGAGCAAUACAGGGUAAACGGCUGGCUGAACUCAAGAAGAAGAAGAAUAAACAAACGACUGAUGAUGGUUCCGUUGUUGAGAAAUCAUCGGAUAGCACUAAGGAGGAGAAAACGUCAAAACCAAAGCCUAAGCCUGUAACUGCUUACAACAAGAACCUUGAUGAAUCUGAUAUUGCUACUCCACCAGCAAAAGAUUUACCAGAUGCAUUGUACUACAAGCUCGAAAACUACGAUUAUCAAGACAAUGAUGCGUAUCGCUAUAUUCAGUCUUUGUUGACCAAAGAGGAUAACGGAUUCGCUUUCAUUAAGGGCUCUAAACUUGAAAAUUACCACUUCCCACGAACCAUCGUUAAGCCAUACAGUGAAGUCAACAAUAAGAAGUUUAACGGGAUCGUUAAAUUGGGCUUCUUCACAGAAAAUGACAUCCAAGAAGGUGACUAUGUAUCAGAGUACUUGGGAGAAGUUGGCUUGAAAGAGAAGUACAUAUCAGACUCGCGGAAUCACUACAGGAUAUGGGGUGUUGAAAAGGGUUACGUUUCCUUUGUACCAAACACCAAACUCGUUGUGGAUGCAAGAAGUUCUGGUAAUGAAGCUCGCUUCAUUCGUCGUUCGUGUCAUCCAAACUGUGAACUCCGAGUGGUUCAGACUGAAUCUUCUCUUAACUUCCUCAUUGUUGCAAUCAAGCCUAUCAAAGCUGGAACUGAAUUAACUCUUCCGUGGAAUUGGGACUCCAUGCACCCUAUAUUGAGCAUACUGGAAGGAAAUACGUUUGACUCCAUUGCCGAUACUGAGAAGCCAUGCCUUGUUCUUUCGGUCGAAUCAGUUCUAACAUUUAUAGAAUGUGCCUGUCCAACCAAUGGAUCAGAUUGUGCGUUGUCCAAAGUGAAAAAGGCCAGUGCACAUAUUUAUCGCUCUACAAGAAAGGGUAAUUCAACUUCUGGCCUCAAACUUCUUCAACCUGAAGCCAAAUAUGUGUCUAUUGAUGAACGUCUGGCCAAGAUGGAGAUGUCGAACAUCAGACAAGCAAAGGCUCAAUUGGAAGCCACGCCUCUUAUUUCCACUCCUGAGACUUCAAGUGAGCCACAAGUUUCUGCUCGACCAUAUAUUUACCACUAUUUGACCAAGAGACCUCGUACAUUACCAUCACCACCAGAGAUUGAAAAGACCGAGUAUUUGCCUGUGCCAAUUCCUUUGGUUCAAGCACAAGUUCCUGAAGAAAAGAAAUCCAUCCUCCCUGAAAAGCCUGUUAAGAAGUUGAGUUUUGCAGAUUACAAGAAGAAAAUGAAGCCAACUUCAUAGACGUCUAUCUACUUUCUCUUGUUAAUUGACAACUUCUUCAUGACAUAAAGAAAUCACAGACCAUACAGAUUUAUCCCGAUUGUUCAAACUGGUAUUCAAAUUCAGGUGCACCGUUGACAAAUAAAAAUAUCGGUUUGACUCGACACUCAUAGAUACUUAUUUAAUAUCAAUCCAGUAGUGGUAAUGUUACGCCAAUACCUU